AUGAGCCCACCAGAUCAAUCAUCAACAUCAGUUAUUCAAGAAUGUUUACGUCUUCAAUUAGGACAAUUACGUGUUGGUAAAAAUAUGUAUAAAUAUCCAUCAUCAUCAUCAUCAUCAUCAUUAGUUUCUCCAACAAAAAAAUUUUAUCUUGUUUCAAAACAAUUUACAUCACCAACAAAUAUAAUUCCAUUAAUUUAUGAAAAAAAAGUUAUGCUUGAAUGUUUAUAUACAAAAGAAUCAAUAGCAUAUGGUACUAUACGUGUUCAUAAUUUUAUUUAUGAUAAACUUGUAUUUGUACGUAUAACACAAAAUGAAUGGAAAACAUUUAAAGAUAUUCCAGCAUCUCAUUCAAUUAAUUAUCCAUUUGAUAAUACAGAUGCAUUUACAUUUCAAAUAACUUCAACAAAAUCAAAUGAUGAUACAACAGAACCAAAACGAAUUUUAUUUGCUAUUUGUUUACAAGCUAUGUCACAAAAUUUUUGGGAUAAUAAUCAAGAACGAAAUUAUGUAUUAGACAUAUUUGAAAGGUAAUUAUAAAAAUAAUAUGAAAAAUUUCAAUAAUUAGAAUUUUAAAAGAGAUAACAUUUGAAAGAUAUUUUUUUUUUUUCGAAGAAAGUUUCAUGUAUUUUAAAAGCUGAAAGUUAUUAAACUAUGUUGUUGUUAUAUGAAAAAUUAUUGAGCUUUAAUUUAAUUAGAAUUUGUCUAUUGAAUCAAUAGGUAAAUUCCUAUGACAAAAAAAGAAAAAAUCUUUAUUUGAACGCGUUUUUUCCUAUUGUCUUUUCUCUAUUCGAUCUUUUGUGAGAUCUUUAAAUAGAGAAAAAAAAAAGGCUUUUGAAAGGAAAAUAUGAAUAUGAGCAAUUCGAAUAAUUGCCAUUAUGAUUAGAGUAUAGGUGUACACGGAAUUAAGUAAUUCAAAAAUGAUUCUAGAACAGAAACUCAGAUAGUAUAUCCUCUUGUUAUCUUGUUUCAAUUCAUCACAUUUUAGGAUCCACAAAAGGCUGAUGUAUUCUUACUGAUAUACAUUGACAUACAUCUUAAUAUUUUUAACUAGUCUCUUGAAUUAUUCGAAGGUCAAAUAGAUGCAAUAUCGUACCCAUUUAACCCUGUACAAUCUAAGAGAGAAACUAACAGUAAAUAUGUUUAUUAUGUUAAUUUAUACGUAAUAAAAAUUGCGUCCAUCUAUACUCUAUUACGUUUUAUAUUGAGUGCAUAACAGACAAAAUUAGAAGUUCCAUAUAUAGUAAUCGAAAUUUUCCAAAAAUGAUAGACCUCUAAGACUAUUUAGAGGUCGAAAUUCUCUUUUUUUUUACAUUCAACCAAAACAAUGGACAGAAACGUGCAGAAUUUCGUGUUCUAUCUUUUGUCUCCUAUCGAAAGUGAAAUCUAACAAAAUGGUAGAUUUACUACUUUUUUUUUCUCCUGACAAAUCUAAAUUUCUCUUAGAUAAAACUGGAUACUUCUGAGAAAUAUUUGCAUGUAUCACCUAUCAUUAUGAGCAUCAUCUAUGAGAUAGAUAAUGUUGAAGAUUGUAAAAGAAAAAUUAAAGAUUUAACCAA